CGGGAUGCACCUACACGCUGCCCAGCGCAACAAACAGCAGCAGCAACAGCAGCAGCAACAACUUCUUGUCAGCACCAGCAGCAGCAUCACCACCAGCAGGAGCAGCUGACGGCGCACACGUGGCAGAACAAGCAGCAGCGGGCACGGCAGCAGCAGCAGCGGGCACAGCAGCAGCAGCAGCAGCAGCAGAAGCAGCAGCUGCUCGUCAGCAGCAGCAGCAGCAGCAGCAGCAGCAGCAGCAGCAGCAGCAGACGCAGCAGCAGCAGCAGAUGCAGACGCACGGCAGCUGCAACUCGCCUGCUGGGAGCGUGGCACGCUGAUGGGCACGCCGCGGGAU